AUGCCGUCCACGUGGACAUUGCUCCGGAGAGAGUGGCAGCUAUGCAUCUUCUCGGCAUCCUGGUUUGUGUCUUCCUGGUGUUCUCGCCUCGGGUUCGUCAUGUGUGCGCCGAUUUCACGCUCACCGUGUUGCACACGAAUGACGUGCACUCGCACAUUGACGAGAGCAGCAAGUACGGCGGCUCUGCACCGAAAACCGGGAACAGUGUGUCGGCGGCAUCGCCAGGAUAGUCACCAAAGUAAAAGAGCUGAAGAAAACCUAUCCGAACACAAUAUUUGUGAACGCCGGCGACUUCUUCCAAGGAACAGCUUGGUACACCGUCCUGAAAUCGGCACUUGUGUCCGAAGUGAUGGUCGAAAUGGGCUACGACUACGCGUGCCUCGGGAACCAUGAGUUCGACAAUGGGCCCAAAGGACUGGCCCCGUUCCUCGAGAAGGUCUCCCGUUCGACUCUCAAGAUAGUCAGCUGCAACACCGACUUCUCUCGCUCCAGCAGUCUGCGCCACAUCGACGUGCCAAAGUCGAUCAUGGCGAGGAUGCAGGAUACCAGGAUUGGAAUAAUCGGCGCCGUCACUCAGGACACCUGGACAGUUAAAUUCCUCGACGUGGCUAACUCGGUACAGAGGGAAGCGAUGGUGCUGAAGAAGAUGGGCGCGAAAAUUGUAAUAGCGAUCACGCAUAUAGGCUACAUGCAGGACAUUGAAUUGAUGCGGAGCAUCACCGACGUGGACUUGGUCAUCGGCGGACACACGAAUACCUUCCUCUACAAUGGAACUGAUCACCCACCCGAAAACGUGCCCGCUGGUCCUUACCCAACGACAGUGAAGAUGAGAGAUGGCACCACUGGUCUCGUCGCCCAAGCAUUCUGGUUCGGCAAAUACCUCGGUUUCCUCAGGGUCACCUUCGACGACAACGGAAGAGUCAAGUCCUGGUCGGGAAAUCCGAUUCUGAUAAAUUCGUCAAUACCAGAAGACCCUCACAUACUGACAGUGAUCGAGCCGCACCGCGAGACGGUGUACCAAGCAAUGCGUGUUCGCGUGGGCAGCUCGAGAGUGUCCCUGGAGCACGCUGAGGACGUGUGCCGGCUGCGUGAGUGCAACCUGGGCAACCUGGCAGCCGACGCGUACUUCCACUACUAUUCCAACAGGAAGCCGCGCUCGCGCGACAUGUGGUCGAACGUGAAUGCGGCUAUCGUGAACGGCGGUAGCCUGCGCGCACCAAUCCCCAGAACAGCGAGCGUUACGAUGGGAGAUGUCUUGUCGGCGGUACCUUUCGGCCAGACAAUCGUCGUUGCCACUAUGAAUGGAAAGAGCCUCAAGAGGAUGAUGGAGUUGUCGGUGGCGUCAUACAACGUUUCUUCACCCGCGGGUUCCUUUCUUCACGUGUCGGGUAUGAAAGUUGUAUUCGAUAUGACACGACCGGCCAACCAACGGCUUGUCCGGCUAGAGAUCCUUUGUACCAGAUGCCACGUUCCCGUAUACGAAGACGUACGGGAUGACACCGUGUACAGCGUCGCCACGACCGAUUUCUUGGCCAAAGGUGGAGAUGGCUUUGACGUGUGCGCCAGUGUCAGCGAAGGAGGUCCGGUUGAGUACGAGCUCCUGGUCGAGUACAUCAAGCAGAUGUCUCCAAUCAAGGCCGCAAUUGAAGGUCGAGUCGUGCUUCAAGGAAUAACGACCAGGGCAGUUGUGGAAACGGAACCGACGAAUGAAAAUUAGGAAUAUAUUUGUAAAGCAGAUUCAGUU